GAUUAUUCAUUGCUGUAUUUGUAAUAUUAUGCCUUGGAAUUCGUGAUGAAUUGCCUAUCGUAAAUAGAUCAUAUAAAGCAACUAAUAGUCUGCCCAUACCAGUUAUAAUUUUACCAUUAACUGUAAAGUUUCGAAUUCCACAGGCAAGGAAUCAAGACUGUACCAAUUUUGUUAAUAAAGCCGCAUUUGUUGCUUCUACGUCUAAAUAUGCCGCAUCAUUUGUACCAAAUUACAGCGCAAAUUCUUUUACGCGAUUUACGCUUACAAUAAAUAUCACAGAUUCAAGAUACAACAUUUCUAAUCAAGAUGAUUACAUGGAGAUGCAUGCUUAUGAUCACGAAUAUGAUUCAAAACCAUUACAAACUAAAGCGCAGAUUGAAUUCGAAGAAUCACUUUUAUUAAAAAACAUGUAUUUUUUUGGGCAACCUAGAAAUGACGUAGCUCAUUAUGAAUGGGUAUUUGAUAGAUGUAUAAGGCAUGCUCUGAUUACAGACGUUUUAAGUUACUUUGGCAGACAAAGAUAUAUUAAUAUACCUUAUAUUGAAUCACAUAUGUCGACUGUUGCAACCGCGAAUUCGGAUACACGAACAAGUGAUACUUAUGCAAUACUGCAAUUUCUUUUAUACCCACCCUUCAUUGUGAUGGAAGAAACUGAAGAAAGGAGCAAAACUAUCUUGAACUUGCUCGGUGUUGCUGGUGGUAUUUGGGGUGUUAUUGCAGCAUUUUAUAUAUUAUUAUUUGGACCUGGUUUAAUCUCCCCAUGGGGCUUUGUACAAAGAUCAAAGUUAUAUAGAAAUCAUUAUGAAAAAAACAUAUUGCCAUCUGUUGACGAAUCAGACUCCACUGAGAAGUUUAAUUCCCCGAUGGAAAAACGACUCUUUCA